AUGUCGUCGUCAACCACAUCACCCUCAUCCGCAACGCCGGUGAAAAAGGAAAAGGACAACGCUGUCUCGCCCGCACCACCCUCGCUCGUCACUUCGUCGUCACGCAUCCCAUCCACAUCCUUCAACACCACGGCAACCACCUCGCUCUCCGCCAGCUUUGAACCGCUCUCCUCAUCCGAGAUCCUCGAACGCAUCCCCAGCCCCGUCGUGCGUCUCGUUGCCGCGCUCGGCCCGGCCAUCCAUGCUUUCCACCGCUUCAUCCGUCUCGCUACCUGGACUGGCGGCAAGAAUUCGACGUCUUCAUCCAUGCUGCUGCUCGUCUCGUUCUGGCUGGUGUGUGCCUUCGGAUACGAGUUCGUGCGCUACGCUCCUCAACUCGUCAUCCUCAGCUGGAUCGGCUACGCCGGCCUUCGAAGGCAGCUGGCAUUUGCUCGACCUCGUACGCACUCCCCAGCCAAACUCCUCGAAAAGCACGACGUCGUCUCCGCAGCUUCGCUCAACGCAACGUUGCACGAGCUAUCUGAGCUGGCCGACUUUUUCUCGUCGCUGCGUAGGAACGUGCUCGUGCCCGCUGUGCAGCUCGUCUCGUGGGAUCCGAGUCCGAUGAACACCAAGGCAGUGGCUACUUUCCUCAUCCUCACCUGGCCAAUCUGGCUUCUCGCCUUUCUGCCGCUGAGGGAGACGGGUUUCCCCAGUCUCGUACUACCCGUCUCGGGUGCAGGUAUUCUCGCGGCCAUCACUAAGUGGAACCUGUUCGUUUACCAUCAGAUCCUCAAAGUCAUCGGUCCCGACCACGUUGCUACGGCUCAUGCCAAAGCAGCGCCGCUCUACGCCCACUACGACCGCCUCUCUUUGCUCCUUUCCAAGACUCCUCUCCCUAUCGUCUACGCUAACCUUGCGAACAUAGCCUCGCGUGUUCGAUGGGAGCAGUGGACCGACUUCAACCUCACGCUGCUCCCACCUUACCCGAUUGGCGCACUGACUGUACGCAGUCUGGUGUGCUUUGUCGGUACGCUCGCACUUACGUGGUGCUCGCCGUGGUGCAGCUUGUUUCGCCAGGCUGUGUGGAAGAGCGCCACAAUCCGGCGGGUCGUUCGUGGCACAGGUCGGCUGCUCAGUGGGCAGACUUCGGCACGCGACGCAUACGGAAAAGGGAAUCUCGACGACGAAUGGGCGCACGGUCUGUAUCACGAGGAUGGCUCCGAGCUGCUUUCUGCCAGCAGAGCGAGGAAGGACGUUUCUGCUGGCACCACUGCUUCUUUGAGUGGAGCUAAAGCCAAGAAUGGUAAAACGGAAGAGGACAAAGUGGUGCGACACGAAGACGUCGUCUACCAGUUUUCGAUUUUCGAGAACCAGCGUUGGUGGGUCGGCCUCGACUGGACAGCCGCUCUGCUGCCCCAGGAACGUCCCUCCUGGUCGGACGAAGCCAACCACCCAGUCUCACCGCCUUCUUCCUUCAGCUUGCCUGCGACGAAGAUCAUGCUCACCCCGUCGCCCACCGCAUCCGACCCGAAGGCCUUCACACGCCGCACGAUCAAGUGGCAGUGGGUGGAUCCGGAGUGGUCGAUUGCCGGCGUCUCCUCGCGUGGGUACUACCCGUCAAGCACCGUGUACAAGGGCAGUGCCAAGGACGCCGCUAUCAAGUCGGCCAGUGCAGUGGGCGAUAGGGACGCCCUGGCCGCGGCUAAACAGGGCUAUCUGGGCGAUGCAUUGAAUCGGAUUCGGGCCAAGACGAGCGGUGGUGAGAAGGGCGAUGUCGAGGAUGUCGGGGAUGUGGGCACGACGGCGCACCGUGUCGGGGCGGGCGGAGAGGAGAGGGGGGAACAGGAGUGGGAUGUGGAUGCGGACGGUUGGCAGUACGGCGACAAUGCGUGGGAGAAGAUGUCGAAGAAGAGCGGGAUGGGCAGGUAUACGCGAAGGCGUAAGUGGGUGCGUCGCGCUGUGUUGCUCGAGGUGGUCGAGUAUGGCAUACAUGGGCCGAGCCCUGCUUCCCCUUCCUCGCCUCUUCCUUCGCCGUCAGUGAAUGUUACGACGGAGAAGAAGGAAGGGAAGCUGGCGGACGAGGACAAGGUCGAUGGCGUGGACUCGGCAAUUGAGCCCAAAGUCGAUACGGAUGUCGUGGCUGCCAGUACAACCGCGCUGGGGGAGGUAGAGGGAGAGGCGGCGGGGACGGAGCAGCUAGGUUUGGCACAGAAGAGACCUAGUAUAUCGGACCGGUUGACUAAGGCUGCUCAGUGA